GAAAUUGUCAUAUUGUUUAGGUUGUUAAGCUAAAAUUCUGUGUAUGUUCUGUCGUCUAUGACAAUGUUUAGGUGAUGAUGAGAUGCACUGUCCUUCAGAACUGAUUUAACUUUUGGAAUUGUCUGAAUCUUAACAGUAAGAUUGAAUGCCUUUCUGUUCCUCAUGUUAUUCACCUCUUACAUGUUGACCCUGGCAAACUGAAACUGUUCACGUGAUUUUUUGGUUGCCUGCUAUUUUUGCUCAAUAUCAUUGAUCCAUGAUCUGUGAGCAUGUUAAAUGCAUGCUGACCACCGAUUGGAAUUAUCUGGUAAUUCUGAUAUGCUUUUGUUUUUGAUGCAUUCCAUUUUUGCCUUUAAAAAGCCUUUAAGGCCCUUCUGCAAAAAAGAGUCUUUUUCCCCAUAAUGCUAGGUAUAUUGGGAGGAUCUGGUAGGUUGGCAGUUGAAACUAAACAUGAACUUUGGCUCUUGCUUUUUCCCUCAAUAUUUUAAGGAUGUAACAGACUUUACUUUGGUGAAGGAUGAAACAAGCUUUAGCUUCUAGCAAAAUGAGACAACAAUUUUAAAUUAAAAAAAUUAUCCAAACAGAGAAUUUUAUAGAUUCAGCAUUUUGAAGUCUGUAUUUUGAAUUUCUUUUAAUAUUUCAAAUCUCAUCCGACAGCAACAGAGCAAUAGUUUUCUUAACUUGCCUGCCAUGAUGCCAGGCAUAUAUGUUGGUGAAGGAAAGGUGAUCCACUUCACUCGGGGAGGUGGACAGGAAAUUGGCAGUGGAACUUUCCUAGAUCAUGCUAUUUUUAGCUCAUCUCCUUCCCAUGAUUCAGGCAAUCCAUGCCCACAAUGUGGUGAUCAAUCAAGACUUGAUGGUGUCAUUUCUUCCUGCAUUGACUGCUUCUUAGCUGGUGGUGAUCUCUACCUUUUUGAGUAUGGCGUUUCACCUGUUUUUUUUCUUGCGAAGGCUCGAGGAGGGACCUGUACCCUUGCUUCCUCUGAUUCACCAGAGAAUGUCCUUCAUCGGGCUCAUUACCUUCUCGAGAAAGGUUUUGGUGUCUACCACGUAUCCAAAAACAACUGUGAGGACUUUGCAAUCUACUGCAAAACUGGUCGAAUUGUGAUCACUACCAUUAGUGUGGGUCGGAGUGGGCAGGCAGCAUCAUUCCUAGCCGCAGCAAGUGCCAUCAUUUCUUCACCACUAAGAUAUCUGACAAGAAGCUUCAGUGGCCUGGCAGUUGUGGGUUGCAGUAUGUAUUGUGUUAGCCGCCUGGUUUCAGAUAUUGGAGUGCGUCGUGAUGUGGUAAUAGUUCCAGUGGAAAGACUUGUUUCCCGUGCCAGUAUAGAUGAAACAGAUACCGGCAAUGUGCCCAUGGAGCAUUAAUUAUCAUUGUCCAAGUAUAAACUUAUCAUCCCUUUCUACCAUACGAUAUGACUCCUUAAAAAUUGCUUGGAAGUAUUUAAGGUUGGUAGAUGGUGCAUCUUUUGUUAUUUGCUCGAAGAUUGUUGUGAUAUUUAUGUGCAGUGGAACCAAAUAUUGUUCUCAGUUUUAUUAUACAUCUUUUUUGUAUAAUGUACUUUCCCCUUUGCAUUUUAACAAUUUUCCUAAUUUCAAAGCCUGAAAAUUAAGUUAAUCUUGAAUU